AUGCCCAACGAGCUUGCGAAUAAAGACAAAUCAGUUUACGAGGCUCCCGACUUCAAGACUCCCCCAAGAGCAGACUCCGUCGCCACCCAUGUUCUGGACAGUGAUCUUGCAAGAACAGACCACAUGCUUCGGCUACGCAAGCAGGCCAAGCGAGAAAGAAGAGCUUUGAAGGAGAGUGGCGACUAUCUCGGGGUCCAAGGUGUCAAUCCUGAGACAGGUCGUAUGGACGUUGAGACCCCAACGGAUAGCGAAGAGAGUCACCCAAGCGCUGUGACGGCAUUGGGGGCGCACGUCGGACUAAUUUCUACGACUGGAUCUAUCGAUCAAGAGAUGACAGAGAAAGAACAGAAGAUAAUGCUUCUCAAGGCCCGCGAGGACGAGCUCCGACGGAUGGAGAAGAGCAAGCAGGAAGCCGAAGUACUGGCAAACCAGCUCAUGUGGCGCCGCCACACGAAAGAGUGGUCAAUUAUCAAGGAUCCAGUCAUCGACAAGCUGUCGUGCCAGCAGCUUCAUUUACCAGCUCAAGACUCUACUGAUUCUCAGAUCAACGCUACUACUCACCAGCGUCAAGGAAAUCUGAUUAAUUUAGAGGAUUCACAUGCACAGAUAAGUUCUUGCGAGAGUCUCGAUUCAACUGGCCAAAAUGACUAG